AUGUCAACAAUUAGUUUUGAAUUUGACAGAAAUGAUAGUCAAUCAGAUGACAUGUAUACUACACCGCUUGGUCCAUUAUCACCACAAGAAAAAUCACCUCGACCUCAACCACUUCCAUUACCACCAUUGAUUGUAUCAUUAACAUUAAAUUCUUCCAGUAAUGAAAAAGAAGAAUCCGAUUAUGUUAAUGAUAUUCAAACAUUAAUUCAAUCAUCAAAUGAUUUAACAUUCCCAUUAGAAGAUUCAUGGACAUUUUGGUAUUAUAAAAAUGAUCGUAUGUGUGAUUGGAAAGAUAAUUUAAUAGAACUUUCAACAAUAUCAACUGUUGAAAGUUUUUGGUCAGUUUUUAAUCGUUUAAAAUUACCUAGUGGAAUUAGUCAAGGUUGUGAUUAUUUCUUAUUCAAAAAACAUAUUCAACCUAUGUGGGAAGAUCAAUAUAAUCGUUCUGGUGGUCGAUGGUGUUUAGGUUUGAGUAAACCUCAACGAGUAAAUGAACUUGAUACUUAUUGGCUUUAUACAUUAUUGUCAUUAAUUGGUGAUCAAUAUGGUGAUGAUGCAUAUAAUGUGAAUGGUUGUGUAGUAUCAGUUCGAAAUAAAGGUGAUCGAAUAAGUUUAUGGACACGUGAUUGGAGAAAUGCUGACGUUACCAAAAGAAUUGGAAGUCGUUUUCGUGAAGUUGCUGACAUUCCGCGAGCAUUACCAUUAGUAUUUGAAAGUCAUGACGACCAAGAAUCUAAACGUGGUGCAUCAGCAAAAAUUCUCUUUCGAGCAUAA